AUGGCGGGAAGUUAUACAAAGAUGAACUUAUUUGCAUUAUUACAGGUUGGAGUUCCAUGCAAGAGACUCAUGGACACAGUCACUGUCAAGUGUGGCCACUGCAACCAUCUCUCCUUCCUCAGUCCCAGAUCAUUACUCCAUUCUCUAUCCUCUUCUUCUUCUUCUUCUGAUCAUCCUCACAUCACUUUUCAGGGUACAUGCAGUGACUGCAGGAAGAGCAGCAACCAAUUACCUCAGUCUUCUUCUUCCACUUCCACUGAUCCUUCAACUCCAUCUGCACCAUUUGUUGUUAAACCUCCAGAGAAGAAACACAGACUUCCAUCUGCCUACAACCGUUUUAUGAAAGAGGAAAUUCAGAGAAUAAAAGCCGAAAAGCCCAACAUUCCUCAUAGAGAAGCAUUUAGCAUGGCGGCGAAAAAUGAGAGUGCUAAUGGUUUCAUCAUAGAGAGCUUGAAUGCAUUGAAGUAA